UUGUCUUCAUGAAUCUCUACCUGCACAAAAAGCAACGAUAACAUAAGGGGACCAGCAAGAAGGUGGCUCUGCACACAGAAGCAGGCUCAUUUUGGAGCUCCUUCACUAUAAGCCGCUCGAGUCGCACUACCUUCUCGUGUGACGCGCGGAUCACCUCUAGCAGCGUAGACAACAUGUUAACCCACCCACCUCACUCCCUCGCUAUCAGCUCCAGCUUCAACUUCUGUUGCUUGCAGGCGCAGCUUCGCAUCGGAGUUUGUAUUAUACAUAAUUCCUCCGAAAGAAGGCCCCUUCAGAUUUCGCUGUUUCAUUCUGGGGCUCUUUCUUUAAAUUCUUCCGACGUCCCCUUCGGUGGGUCUAGUUUAUCGACGAUCAAUCGCCGUCCCACAAGUCAAACUAUUUACACCUCAGAGGGGAGGUCCGGCGUCGUCACCCACCUUUGAAGACCACGUGAGGUCACCCAUUUCUGGAUUUUUUUCCAAAAUGUGGAGGAAUUCCAGCCGAGACGUAUUUGUCGACGACGAAGAGUGUGGUCAGAGCUUGUUGGAUGAAGAUUCAGAAGAUCUAUGCUCCCUAACUCCUGUACAGAGACUUUACGGUUUUGGAGGCUGCUUGAUCGGGGGCGUGGUUUUCAUGAUUUUGUCAUUGCUUGUUUUUGCUAAGCCACUCAAAUUUGCUGUCCUAUUUACAUUUGGCAAUGUUUUAGCCGUCGGAAGCACAGCUUUCCUCUUUGGACCUGGGCAACAAAUAAGACUGAUGUUUGAUUCUGUCCGUAUUUAUGCGACAGCUAUUUACCUGGGAUGUGUUGUUCUAUCUCUUAUAUGUGCUCUCGGGAUCCACAAUAAGAUCUUGACAGUGAUUGCAAUGAUAAGUGAGAUAUGUGCACUCAUAUGGUAUACUUUGAGCUAUAUUCCUUUUGCCCGGAGGAUGGUCUCUGAAAUGAUGAAACGAUUUUGUGACACAGAACUAUAGACAAUGAAAGUUGCGGUGAUGAUUGAUGAUUCGAUGUCUUCAAGAUCUGGGACUGCCUUUUGUCUUCAUUGUUUUUACAUUUUAGUGAGCACAAGAUCAGUUGGAGAUUUGUUUUUUUUUUUGGUUGGAGUUGAUUUGUCCACGAACACGUAUAAUCCAACGCCAGUUCAAUGCUUGUGCUAAAUUUCUAAAUAUAACAUCAUUCUUUUCUCCAAAUGAACUUAAGGUACUUCUCUCUUUUUAUA